AUGGCGGGAGGCCCUGACAUCGUUACUGUACCCGGUAUCGCGACCCUUCCACCAACAACAGCAAGACAGAUUGGUUCCGGACAGGUCCUUGUUGAUCCCAGUUCUGUCGUCAAAGAGCUCAUUGAUAACGCUCUGGAUGCUCGGGCGAAGAGUAUCUUUGUGGAUAUUGCUGCCAACACAAUCGACUCCAUCCAAGUCAAGGAUGACGGCCAUGGCAUACCAACCGAAGACCGCUCGCUUGUAUGCCGACGCUCCUGCACCAGCAAGAUUAGAGACUUUCAUGAUCUGAGAGAGGUCGGAGGGAAAUGGCUCGGCUUUCGUGGCGAGGCCCUUUCAAGCAUGGCCGAGAUGAGUAGCUCACUGUGUGUCACUACCCGAGUAGAAGGUGAGCCAGCCGCUGUUAAACUCAAAUAUGGUCGUGACGGCGAGCUUGCUUCCGUGGAGUAUGACUCGCACCCAGUUGGUACGACAGUCAAGGUCACCAAAUUCUUCGAGCUUAUACCAGUCCGAAAGCAAACAGCGCGCAAGAAUUCAGCCAAGUUGCUGGCGAAGCUUCGGCGGCUGAUGCAGGCCUAUGCGCUCGCCAGACCUACUAUACGAUUCAGACUCCGCGUGCUGAAAGCGAAGAACAACAACGGUGACUUUGUCUAUGCGCCCAAGACCGAUGCCAACAUCGAAGACGCAGCCCUAAAAGUCAUCGGCAAGGAUUGCGCUCUACAGUGUGAUUUGACUGUUCUGGAAGCAGAUGGCUUCGAAGUUCACGCCUUCCUACCUAAGCCAGGCGCUACUGGGUCAAAGAUAGCUCAUCAAGGGGCCUUCGUCUCGAUCGAUGCGAGACCUGUGUCGAGUAGUCGUGGUACUACCAAUCAGAUCAUCAGAGCCUAUAAAGACCGACUUCGCAAGUCGAAUCCUUCAUUCGCCGGUGUCAAAGAUCCCUUUUUCUGCUUGAACAUAAUAUGUCCGCCUGACAGUUACGACCCCAACAUUGAGCCAGCCAAAGACGAUAUCAUGUUCAACAACAGCGACAUAGUAAUUGGUGUUGUUGACAAAUUGCUCAAAGCCUACUAUCCUGAGGCCGUUCAGGAAGUUCACCAGGCUGAACCACCGAAUUCUGCACAACAGCAGUACGGAGCUUUGCCAGAACAGCUACCAAGUCGCGUUGAAAGCCCCACCAUGGUUCAUGAGAAUGAGCCUACUAGCCCAAUCGAGGAAUCUCCGACCAAUCUGACGCAAGCGCUGCCACGUUGGAGGUCAAGCAUGUAUGGCAUCGACGAAGAUGAUCUGCAGUUCCUGCAACAAGAACAUGCACCGGUGAUCGAGGAAGAGGAAGGCCUCCGAGCGGCACAGAUAUCUAACCCGUGGACUAUUGCUCGAAUGAAUGCCACGAUCAAGCCUAAGCAAGCUCUCAGCAAUGGACAGUUGCUGAGUCCAGCCAAAAGCCAAGGAGGCGGCAAUUCGCAUUUUAGCUCUCCCAGUCCUGCUGUCACUCCCCAUCGGCCACGCCCAGUGUUUCCUCUGACCCCUCAAACUUCGUCAAGAACGAACAUAGCGAGGUCUCCAUCGGAUGUUGAACUGGAGCGCAGUAUCCAGCAUGUACCGCAGCUGAGUUCAGAAACAGGUAGUUCCGGUGAAAGUACACAAGACAGCACGACAAAUGUACAACGUCGCUAUGAGUUCAGCACCUCUUCUUUACACACCGGCAUGUCGAACCACUUUAAACAACCCGAUAUCCAUCCAACAGACUCACCGCUCUCAAGCUUCAGUCAGUCAAAUACCAGCCCGCAAGGUAUAGUUCCUUCAGUACAUUCAGCUCUACGUAGUCGAAGAGCUCCACAGGCAUACGCAGGCAAGCCCUUCGCACCAUCAACACGAGUGUCAUGUAAUGCAGGAUCUAGAACAUCUCUAGCUGGCGUACAGUCUUUCCAACCAGCUCGUCAUCAGCAUGCUGCGAUGAACCAAGGACCACGACUUCCUGCUAACACUUUGUCUGCCCCACGCAGACCCAUCCUCAACGCAGCUGAACACACAGUUCCAAACCAACUCUACUUGAAUGACAACAGUGAUAUUCGUGACUUCUUCGGUCGCAGUAGAGAUGUUCAGGCAGCUGGCUCUUCGAUCACAUCCAUCAACUCUGGGGUGGGGAUACAUCAGCUUAGGGGGCGGCCGCCCCCGUUCAGUGAUAAUGCACCACAACUUUAUCCUCACGGCCAGCGGAACGUCCUGGCGGAUAGUCAUUCUCGAGCUCUCUCCGCUGAACCACAACCCCGCGCGAAGGGGACCAGAGAUCAUCUGCUGUUUGAUGAUGACCGUGUAAUGAACACUGAUCCUCGAAAUACGGCUCAGCAGUCACAGGGGUUUGCCCAACAACAAGGUUCUCCUCGUGCUUCAUCUGCAGGGAUUCAGAUGUCGAUGUCGUUUGAUCAGCGAUCGGCCGGUAUUAGAGAUUCUCUCAGUAUCCAUGACGAAGAUGGUACCAGGUUGGAAUUGCGCAACGCAUUGCGUCAACUCCAAACCCAUCAUGACCCGUUCCCUCAAUCGCCCACUCCCAAGUCCUCCUCACUCGGAAGCGAAUGUCGCUUCGUUUCCCAGAGAGUCAGCCAAGUAGCAGUGCCUUUAAACACGCACCAUCUUGACCAAAGCGCCAAAGAAAUGGAGGCGUACUUCAGAUCACAACAACAGCAACACUCUAGCUCUCCAGCCCACCCCCAGAACUCCUCUCAAAGACACGAGCCUCGCAUUGCCCCGCCCCACGAAAUCUCCAGCGAAACACGUCGCCCCAGACGCCGCACAACAGACACCCUCGAACGAACAACGUCCUCCAAACUUCCCCUCGAGCGCACACCCAAAGGUUCCCACAUCCAAAAUUUUAUUCUUCUCCUUCCUACAAGCAUCCACACCAUCAUGCAAUGCUCUCGAAAACUGGAUAUGCGGCGCAAUAGCCCAGAAUGGGGUUACCCAUGUGGAGACGCAUACAAUGUUUUUGCUGAACCUGUGUUUGAGAAGAAGAUUAUGAAGUGGGUCGUUAAGCUUGAUGCUAUGUUGUGUCAACUGUAUGAGAAGAACGGUGGCGUGGAUACGAGGUGUGAGAUACACGAGGGCAUUCAGCGGGCGCUUGAUGCAAGGAAAGAGGUGAAUGAUGCUGUGCCGGAGGUUGAGGGUAUGGAUUAUGAUAUAGUGAGCAGUGCAGUCGGACCAGUCGAACAUGAUAUUUUAGAGGAAGGUGGCGAUGCUACAGAUGUCGUGGUUCGGCAGCCUGCUGUCGAAGCUGAGAGGACGGUCCGCGACGACGAAGAGUUUGAUUUCGAUAUGGGUCAAUUUGUAGAUCUGACGGCGGAGGAUGAGGGGCAGAUCAUGAAGACAGCUGGCGAGGGAAGUGUGGAGGCAGUGAAGGGUGAGUAUGAUGAGGAUAUCGAGGAUGAGAUGUUGAUGGAUUUAUGA